ACUUGUCGGACGAGCCCACGUACGCCGAUCAUACCAUGUCGACGUCAGUGGUCAACAGAAAAUGGCGGAUGGCCCGACGAAAUACCUGAGGACCACUCUCCUUUUGUAGUGACGGGGUCCUUAAACGGUGGCUGGGUGGCUUUAUGAUAGUCUGGUGUACAACGCAGGUGUGUUAUUCAGGAAGCUGCACAUGUAACAUAUGGGGUUUGUUCUGGAUAAACAUUCGUGAGUACGGAAAAUGGCUACAGACGACAACAGCCAACGGUCAGAACAACAGCGCCUCCUGGCGACGCUCUCUGACACGGAAAGUAGCGCGGCGGAGUCGGCUGCUGAAGACAACGGAGACGAAAGAUCUCGUCUCCUCCCGAGCAGACGGGCAGGAGAGGCACGUGGGAUGAGCAGAGAAGGAAGAAUCGAAGAAGAGAUGUCAGUACUUCGCGAAGUUUACCUCAACACAUCCUUUCCGGAAGACGCAGACGACGAAGACAGUGUCACUGCCGAAACAAACGGCAGUACCGGGCCGAGUGUGUCCUUUAAGCGGCAGAAGUCACCACUCCACGGUAAUAAGUUGGCAAAGGGCGACCCUGGUGAAGAUUUCGAGCCCACAGAGAACCAAUCUAAAGUUGUGGACAGCUCCAAAAAGGUAAACGAAUCAGUGGAUGUGACCGGUGGCCCCAAAGACCUUCCAGCAGUGUCAGCUAUGGAAGGUGACCCCGCCCUCACCGACUUGCAGCAGAAACGUAUUUUCCCGGAGAGCGAGGCUAGUCCCCCAAGUGAGGACACUUUACUAACAACCGACAAGUAUGGCCCAAACAAACACACGGCCCUCUCAUCCGGGAAUGUUUACAAACCUGGGGCAGAGCAGGUCAGAGGUGAAACCGCCUCAGAGGGCGAGUACCUCAAUAAUCCACAGGUGGAAGAGUCCCGGGCCAAGCGUCUCUUGGACAAUGACGAUGAACAGAUCGAGAAAGAAGCGACUCCUCUUCUCCCGGUAGACGAGAAGCCGUUGGUGUUUCCAAAAGCGGGUGAAUUUCAAAUCGGGCAGGCUGGCGGUGCAAAGGGGUCUACGAACGACGAGAAUCUGACGAUGGCUGCACAAGAUGGCGGGGACAGCACAAUAUCGCCAGGCGUGGCAAAAAUUCAACACCGCGGAGUUAGUGUCGAGGGGGAGGGGACCGUUGUACUGGAAGAUGACGACGGAAAGCUGGCUUACUACGAGACGGCAGUGGCUGACGAGUACGGCUACUUGCACAAGCACGGCUUCCCACUUCUCAAGGAGACGAGCAAGACACUCACCAUAAACAACCCUACGCUCAAGCAGACCUCUUCGAGUUACAAGAAAAACGAUCCCACCAUACUUGAAGGAGAAUAUCGCCUGAUGAACCCCGGUCUUGACCUCAAGUAUGUACCUUCCACCUACACCUUUUCCAAGCCAGAACGGAAGACAAUACCGACGUCUUUCGUGCACCAAAUCCCCGUCAUCGAAGAAUCAAUCAAGACGUAUCAAAAAAACAUCCCAGAAAGUCUAAGAGUGGAGUCGACCUACACGCGCAAUAUACCCGUCCCUAAGGAAAUCCGGACGACUUUUGCAAAGAGCGUGCCCAUCAAGAAAGAAACGCCAACCACCUUCAAGAAGACCGAGCCGCAACUUAGGCUGUCUUCUUCGUCGCUCAACUAUAGGACGCCUUCUCUGAAGAGCAUUGGUGCGACAUACAACUUCACCACACCAAUUUUGGAAGAAUCUCAGCUUCAGAGUACACACUCGCUGCCAGCACUAUUCCAGACCCAGUCGUCUUAUUCCAAAUCAACACCCUCUCUCAAGAACAUCUCGCUUACGCUGCUGAAAUCCACACCUAGUCUGCUUGAGGUUCAACACAACUUUGUGCACAACAAGCCACGCCUCCGUCAGCCAGAACGUGUUAUUUUCUCAAAUUCCCUUCCUGAGAUACACAAACCGGCGAUACCUCCAAGCAUGCGGCACAACAACCCGGUGUUCCGUGAAGAACCGCCCGCCAUCUGGUUGUUCAACACCCCGGAGAAGGAAAUACCAGAAACGGCAUUCUUUGAUUUCAAACCUGUGCUAGAAGCACCGGUGAUCACUCAUCUUCAUCCAAAACCAAUGUUGACCACGGGUGACGCUGAACAUGUGUUUGAAUUAAACGAACCUGUGUUAGACGAGUAAGGAUGGUCAGCAAUUAACGUCAGACGUCAAAAGGAAUAUACGUCGCAUGGGCGCAAAACCGAGGGCAUUCUUGGGACAGUCGUGCAUGUGUCCUCUAAAAUUCAGCUGUUUUGUUACGGAAAAAAACAUGUCUUGGAUCCUUUUCGGCGGUCGGUUCUAUCACAGCUUGCAUGAAAACUCUAUGGCAUGAAAAUUGCACAAUGAUCUAGGACGAAUGUAACCGCCCGGAACUGUAGAACUUACUGCAAGAACGUAAAAAGGACAGGUAAGAAAAUGGAAAAAAGAUCGGCUGUGUCAGUAAGAAGAGAAGCAAUGAUUUACUAAUAUCUAGUGAAUGGAAAUCUAACAUAGCUGCUAAUUUUGUACCAUUUUAAAGAAUAGAUAGUAACCAAAUACUAGCAAGCAUGCCCUGACGUCAUUGUUUACACGUUCCAACAUCGGAAUGUUUGUAGACGUUUACAAAACAUACCUGGCUUGGUUAAUCAUAAACUGAUGUUAGCAAGCCCUAAUCUUUGACCAACAAAAGAAGGACUUGCGUUGUAGAGGUAGAAAAAAUAUAUUUAUGACAAAGGCGAGAUUAAUAACUGAGUGGAAGAAAAGUUCAAACUAACUUUCUUGCCAAAAGUUUUGGGGUAUUUUAAAGACCUCUGGGGAAGGUUGACGAUCAAAAAUCGACGCACUACCUGAGAUCCAGUAGGUAGGAUUAUUAGGGAUAAUUCAUCCUGGAAACCAAUCUGAAGUGACUCUCUAAUUAAAAGUUAAAACGAGGGUUAGAACGGUAAGCCGUAGCUUUGAUGAAAAAAGACUUACUUUGUAAAGUAUACCAUCUAUAAGACAUUUUGUGAGAAUAUUUUAAGUUUUAUUCAUAUCUUUUAAACGGGCUAAUUUGUUACAAAAAUGUUUUGUUUGACAAGUGUUUUAUCAUGAGUAUAAUAUUAUGUAAAGAUGUACAUAGUCAUACAGACACUUGUCUAUAGCUAUAUGCUUUAUGUUUACACUAGCUAGUUGCCUAAGUUUGCAAUGAUAUCUGUGUUAGGGUUUGACAUAUUUUAUGAUGAAUGACACUUGACUCAAUAGUUGAUGUUUCCUAUCAACUAUUGCAAACAACAUUUGGUACGUCACUUCGAUGUUUAAUUUCCUUUUGGCAUCAGGAUGAACCUCCUUUUUAAAAGCUACCAUUUAAAACUAUGGUCUUCACAACAAAAUAUGUAAUAUUUACACUUUGUGGACCUUGUAUCAUAUGUCGUACUAACGGACAAUCAACCACUCUCAAAGCAAACCACCCCGUUGUAUAAAAUCGUAUCUGCCGGCCAAUAGUGGUUUCAUUGCCACUUUUGCCACUAGUACUGGGAAAUAUGCUUGGGAGAUUACAAUCAACAGAUAUUCUUACUCAAUACGGGCUACAGCGCAUAGAUUUCUCAGAAGUGUCAUGUUACUUUAACGUUGUUAUGAUAUGAAUGAAAUCAUGUACCAAAACAAACGUUAAGAGAUGCGCUAAAUUGAGUUAUUAGGAAGCAAGUACGUAUAUAUUAUACAGUGGCUGAAAACGAAAACACUGCAUGUUAAAGUUUUUAUCAAGAAAAAAAAACAAUAAUAUGUGCACAACUGAGAGGAUAAUAAAAAAAUGUAUAUCGAGUAUAUAUUGAUUAUCAUUACCAAAAUCACAAUAUGUAAUUGGAUUAAUGAGCUCGGGGUGUAGUGUACUAUAUGAUUAUUACAAAGUUGAGUUUUAUAGGUGUACAUAUGAAUUGUCAUGUAUAUGAAGUCUGUUUUAGAUAUCGAUCUACAAUUAUAGGCCGCUCAACGUUAGUACAUAGAGGGUACAUUGAUUUCAAGAUUUGUACUUGAAGACUAAGCCAAACGUGUAUUGCACUUUCUGAAAUGUGGCGUAGAAUCACUUUUACCUGUGUGUUACUCAUUUCACAGUUCACACGCUGCCUUCAGGAGAAGUUUUGAUUUUGUGUUGGGAAUAUCACUAUGCAUGGCUUAUCUCUUGCCGAUACAUGUAUGUCUGUAUCAAGAAACAUGCAUAAUAAAGCCGGACUGUAUAAAUGGUUUCAAUCU